GCCUGGGCGAGUGGGCGACCAUAUUCGCGGCCGUGGCGGAUGGUUGCAGACUGAUCGACGGCAAACCCCACGUCGCGAACGGCUCAGGGGCGGAGGGCAGCAGCUUGACCGAACCAACCAGAAAAUCGAAAGGAGCAACAACCAAUUCCAAAAACAAUGGAAAGGAAGCCGCCGCAAGACAACAAAAACAAAGGACCGAGUCAAAAAAUAGAGGGGAAGAAUGAAUUGGGCGGUUCGGGUUGGGAAGCUUUCCGGCAGCUAAUGGAAACUAUGCCAAAUGGUAACUUGGAAUUUUCCUGGGUGAGGGCACAUCUUCAUGCGCAAAAUAUUCUUCCAGCAGUGCGCGACCAAGGAAUAGGACGACCAACAUGCGUUUUCCACGCUUUGUGCGCAGCGGCCGAGAUGGAGAUACGGAGAGGCCAGGCCAUGAGGGAUCCUCCUAGCACAAGCGAUAUCACGUUCGAUGCGGAAUCUUUUGUGAUUGAUUUUGAGAGGGAGAUCAGGUUGUCCAUAGGUGAGGAAAGAGAGUUACGCCUGGUGGAUCGUCGUGAAGACGUGGGCUUGCGGUUGUUCCGGAGUAAUGGCGUUGUUGCACGCUCUGCAGACUGGGGUGGUGAGCAAAGGGUCAGAAUCGCAAGUUAUCGGGUGCAUCGGUACCUCAACUUCUUACAAGUGGCCAGGUUCCUCUCGAGGGGGAGAGCUGUUGUCGGUGUCAUACCAGCUGGCGAUGAACUCAUAGAACUGGGGGCUGCUGAGAUAUACCAAUUUUACCCAUUGGAGGCGACCUAUGGGAGGGAGGCUGAUACCACACAUAUGGUACUGUUUGUAGGUUUUGGUGUUCAAGAUGGCACAGGGAGGCCUUACUUAGUAUUUGAGAGCAGCACUGGGACUGGCUUUGCAGACAAUGGCUUCGGUCGGAUUUUCUUUGAUCAGAUUGUCCGAGAAAGGCUCUAUACGCUCACCGCUGAAGCCCCACAACCACCGCCACCACCACGCAGCUGUGCAGAUCCUCAGAGCUCCAGCUCCUCUGCCACCUCGCCUCCAGUACCACCUCCUCCUCCUCCUCGUCCUGAAGACCUUGGAAACUCCAGCUCCUCUGCGACCCCAGCCCUACCACCACAGCGUCCUCCCUUUCAGGGCCAUGGAGAUCCUGGGAGCUCCAGCUCCUCCGCUGGCCCAUGCAGCGACGAGGUCCUGGAUCCACUCACCAUUGCUGCUGCCAUAGAUGGCCGUCCUCGAAACUUUCAUUGGCAUUGCUAUUGACGCUGCCUAUGAUAACCCUGACUUCGACGACACCCAUGGUUGACGGGUGCCACAAACAUAUCUCCUGUUUUUUUUUCUUGGAGAUCAGUAAGUUCGUUUCAGAUAGUUUGACCCCCACGCACAUAGAAAUGGAGGAAUAGCAUUUAGGCGUACAUUUGACUAGAGCAGCAUUUACCGUUUACAGAAUGUCAGUCAGCAUAUGCCUCUGUGAAAUGCACAAUGGUGUUGGUGGACGGAUACUUAUUUUGUACACCACGUGUGCAUCGUUGGUACCCAUGCUUUUACCAAGCAGUUGCCAUGUGCACAGAUCUCUUGUGAUUGUCUUUUAUGCUAUAGCAAAUUUCUGUUUGUGGGCUUACCACACUAGACAACCCAGCAAAGGUAGAUGCAAGUUCUUGAGCAAUCAAAAGUACGCAUGUGCAUCCAGUUGAGUAUCUCAACUCUUCCAUCUAUGAAUAUCUUAAAGGAAGCUGGCAAAUGAUGGUAAACUUUUGUCUGAUCUAUAUACAGCAACUUUUGAAAGCAAAAACAGGGAGUUAUUUGUGACCGAAGGCAAUACUAAUCUGUACAGCAAACACAUACUGUUGCUGCCCAUAAGUCGUAUGCAGACUUUUUUUUUGUGAUGCCUAAAGAGCUAACUAGUUGACAUGAUAAGGUUAUGGAAAAUCCAGAUUUCUUUCUUUCAACAUCUCCAUUUUUGUGGCAUCAAGGGGAUAAGCACCUGUAUAUAUGGAAGGUUUCUUUGUAGGUAAUUAGAUGGUUAGCAGGUAACAAAUAUGUGUAAAACCCAAAAAACCAGCCAGUCAUAGAGCUAUAAUUCAGAUGAUGCUUACUCAGUACAUAAAGAACAUCCCAUUUCUAUAAAAAGAAUGGAUUAAGAGACACCUUCUCCUCUUGCUCUUUAUACCAAUGAUCGCAGUCUUCACAGCUUUUAUGAUAAAAAGGGUAAUACAUUAAUAUCAAGCUGACACCAAUUACACUCCGCCUUUGCAACAACACAAUA